GAUAUAGGAAGACCCAGGCCGUCAUUCCCUUUGGAUAAAGACAGCCUUUCAUUGAGGGUGAUGACACAAAUGCGAGAUCUUGGCGUGGUGGCGUUCUUUGGGCCUGAUGCGACUUGCCACACGGAAGCGAGGCUAGCCGCGGCAUGGAACCUACCUCUUAUAUCACACAAAUGCGCAGAGGCACAAGACUCCGGUGGUUUAGGCUCGACCUUCGCGAGGACACUCCCGCCUGCCCACAAGGUCAGCAAGUCGGUGGUUGCGCUCUUGAAGGCAUUUGGAUGGAACAAGUUCGCUAUUGUGGCUGGAGACGAGCUGACUGCUGCAGGACAGCAGAUGGAGGCUAUAAAGGAGUUGGCGCAAGGCAACGGUCUAACAGUGACCGCAGAGCAUCGAUUCGCAGACUAUAUACCACGACAUAUUUCACAUAUGGAGAAGAUUGUUGAUCAAACCUAUCAAAAAACAAGGGUAUACGUGUUUCUGGGAGAGAACAUUGCUCUGGUGGACUUCGUGAAGGUGCUGCUUCGUCGCGGGUUGCUUGCCAAUGGAGAAUAUGCUGUGGUCGCUGUUGACGAUGAGAUUUACGACCCUAGCACUGCCGCUAUCACGCAAGCAGAUCAUCUCUUUCAAAACAGCAGUAGCGACGUUUUAGCUUUUCGAGCGGUAUUGAAGCUUACACCUUCUUUCCCGACUAACCCUCACUAUCAGUAAGUACCAAUAGAAGCAGCUCAUCUGUACGAUGCUGUGAUGCUGUGGGCCCGCGCAGCCACCGCCGCCAUGCGGGCUGGUGUCUCGCCCACGGAUGGCUCCACGAUCAUCAGGCUCUUGAGACCCACGGUGUAUCGAUCGUUGCAGGGUUUUGAUGUUAACAUGGACAGCGCUGGCGACGCUGAAGGCAACUACUCUGUGAUUGGACUGGUGGAGGACAAAAGCGCUCCAAGCGGCUGGAGCGCGCAACCCGUUGCCGCGUUCCGGUAUUCUAAUUCGUCGGACUUAUUGCCGGAACUAGUCGGCGGUACCAACAUAGCCUGGAUAAGCGGGUCCCCUCCCGUAGCCGAGCCCGCUUGCGGCUUCGACGGGCGCCGUUGCUCCCUCCCGCCAGACCCCGGCGUGAUAGCCGCGGUGGCUGGAGUCGCGGUGGCUGCCAUGCUGGCUCUGAUGCUGUUGGUCAGACACUACCGGUAUGAAACCAAACUGGCGUCUGUGCUGUGGAGGAUUGAGGCGAAGGAUCUGACGUUUAUCACUGGAUGUCCGGAUAAGGAUGCUGUACAAGAAGUGGAUAACAAACGCGCGCACACGACCCUCGCCUCGUUCAGGGGAAACUUUGUAGCCGUGAAGCGAUUGAGAAAGAAAAAUAUUGACGUCACACGACCUAUUAAGAAGGAGUUGAAGCAGAUGCGAGAACUACGCCACGAGAACCUGACCCCCUUCGUAGGCGUCUGCAUUGAAUCCGGCAUGGCAUGUAUCGUCACAGCAUACUGCUCCCGCGGCUCCCUUGCAACCGUUCUGGCUGAUAGAGACCUACAUCUUGACGACAUGUUCGUGGCCAGUCUGGUCGCAGACCUGCUACGGGGUCUGACAUAUCUGCAUGACUCCGCGCUCGGUUCCCAUGGCAACCUGACGUCGAGUAACUGUCUGGUUGACAGACGGUGGGUGCUUCAGAUAUCGGAUUACGGGCUGCAUACGUUAAAGAGUGGCUGCACAGACACAGAAGAUGCCCUUCGAGUAGAGAAGCGUAUGUUAUGGAGGGCUCCAGAGCUCCUGAGGGACCCGAAUCCUCCCCCCCGAGGGACACAGAAGGGAGACGUGUACUCCUUUGGCAUUAUUUUGUAUGAGAUCUUGGGGAGGAGCGGGCCCUGGGGCGACACUAAUUUGACUAAUGCUGAGAUCAUCGGCCGAGUGCGUCAACCCAUAGGCGGAGUGCUAUACCGUCCUCCCAUCGGCAACCUCACCGCCCGGCCCUCCGUGAUCUCCGUCCUGAAGUCAUGCUGGAGCGAGCGGCCGGAUCGACGUCCUGACGUCAGACUGGUCAAGCUGCGACUGAAGGACAUGCAUGCGGGCAUGAAAACAAAUAUAUUCGACAACAUGCUGUCCAUGAUGGAGAAAUACGCAUCAAAUCUGGAGGCUCUGGUUGCCGCGAGGACAGAACAACUGGCACAAGAGAAGAAAAGAACUGACGGUCUACUCAAUAGAAUGUUGCCUAGGACGGUAGCAGAGGCCCUGAAGCGUGGGGAGCCGGUGCAAGCAGAGAGCUACGAAUGUGUGACGAUUUACUUCAGCGACAUAGUUGGAUUCAACCGGCUUGCUGCAACUAACACUCCUGCGCAGGUCGUGGAAAUUCUCAACGAAUUGUACUCAUGCUGCGAUGCCAUUAUAUCGUUUUACAACGUUUACAAAGUGGAAACAAUAGGCGACGCUUACAUGGUGGUUGGCGGUCUACCAGAGCGCUGCGCCCGCCACGCAGCUGAGGUAGCCUCGCUCGCCCUGCACAUGCUGGAAGCUAUACCCAGCAUCAAGAUCAACAGCCUGCCGACUAGCAAGCUGAGGAUACGGAUUGGUAUACACAGCGGGCAAUGCUCUGCCGGUGUUGUGGGCACAAAGAUGCCCCGCUACUGCCUCUUCGGGGACACCGUGAACACGGCAGCAAGACUGGAGUCCACGAGCGAGCCGCAGCGGAUUCAUAUCAGCAAUGCUACGUAUAAACUUCUGAAACAACACGGCGGGUAUCGCUUGAAGGAACGCGGGAUUGUUAAUAUUAAGGGUAAAGGAGAUAUAAAAACAUGGUGGUUAGAAGGAGAGGAACACGAGAGGAGGACAAAUCCUCUUUUUAAGUACCAGCCGGGCGUUCCACAGAGCCCCAAGAGCGACAUCUACGAGGACUCGCUGUGGAACACCCGGCGCUCGAUCGUCAACAUCCGCGACCGCGCCCGGCUCUCCUGCGGCGGCUCUCUCGGGCCUGGCUCCGCGCUGUCCUCCCCCGGGCCCCCCGCUUGCUCCUGCUUCGUGCCCCAACGGGACCACCACUCGGCCCCCGCGGUCUCCUUCUGCGAGGACUGA